CGCUGACAACAAGUCUCUCAAGACCAGUCAACUGUGAAGAAAAUGAACGACUGCCCCAUAGCACCACGCGGCAUAUCGACAGCACGGCUUGGGGAGCUGAGUACACCGAAAAUUAGCCAUCCAAUCCCAGGCGCUCUCAGCAUCCGAUCAGGAAACGUCAAUGCCGCCGCGCCUUCACCGCGCCUUCCCAGUACUCCGAGCUUCGCGAUACGUCCAGCUACACCUACAACACGACCCCCAACCCCCUAGAAGACGCAAGCCAAAGCCUCCAUCUCCUUGAAGGAUCGAGAAGUCAGUGAUGGAGAGAGAUGAGGAGUUAAGGAUGCGUAGAGCUGAGAGUCAGAGAGUGAAAGUUAGGCGGAAAAGUUUGGUUCAAUCGAUAAUCGGUAGCUGGUUUGGGGAGAGAAGUUUGUGCUCCGCAGCGUACCUCGGAAACUAUUUUGCAAAGUAGAAUUGCUGGAGCGCAGUCGAAGCCAUGGGCAC